CCCCCCACCCCUCUCUCUCUUUUUUUCUUCUUUUUUCUUUUUUUUGACAAAUUCAGUGCAUCAAAUGAAUCGUAAAUUCACUUUCUUCAUCGUCUGACUUGCUGUAGAAAACCCUAGACCGUUCGACCAUUUUCUGUUUCUGAAUAGGGUUGGUAAUGUAAGAAUCUGAACAGAAAUUCUUUAGUUUCAUGGAGGGAGUGGGAGAUGACAGUGGGGCACCUCUUGCUAAAUGGAGGAGUGAUUUCUCGAGGGCAUUUCAGUAUUACCUUGAUAGAUCAACCCCUCAUACACUGCGGAGAUGGCUUGGAACAUUGGUCGUGGCAAUGAUAUAUGUUUUACGAGUUUACUACCUUGAAGGAUUUUAUGUUGUUUCUUAUGGGCUGGGGAUCUAUAUUUUGAAUCUCUUGAUUGGUUUUCUGUCUCCCAAGGAUGAUCCUGAGCUUGAAGCUUUGGAUGGGGCUUCCUUGCCAACCAAAGAUUCUGAUGAAUUCAAGCCUUUUAUUCGCCGCCUACCCGAGUUUAAAUUCUGGUAUGCCCUCACAAAAGCUUUUCUUGUGGCUUUUCUUUUGACCUUCUUCUCUGUCUUGGAUGUACCCGUUUUCUGGCCAAUAUUGUUAUGUUACUGGAUUGUUCUAUUUUUCCUUACAAUGAAACGCCAAAUCCUACAUAUGAUCAAGUAUAAAUAUGUUCCUUUCAGUACUGGAAAGCAGAAGUAUGCUGGUAAGAAAUCAUCUGCGACUAGCAGUACAGCCACAGACUGAAAGCUGUUAAACUUCUAAAGAAGACCGAAGGCAGUUGCAGAUCCAACCGUGAGACAUUUCAAAAAGAUGAGAUAAUGCGAAUCUGCAACGUCAACACUUGCCACUUUAGAAACUUUAUGCUAGUAGACACAACCUUGACAGUGUUAUCAAAUUUGUGGAACUUUUGGGACGAGUGACUCACGUUGGGCCGAGACUUCUAUUGUAUACAGCUAACAAAAUAACCUUGACAGUGUAAUCGAAUUUGUGGAACUUUUGGGACAAGUGACUCACUUUUGGCCGAGACUUCUAUUGUGUACAGCUAGCAAAAUAUAACCCUUGUAGAUGUUAAUGUUCACUGUGCAUGGUUGUUGGACGAACAUUCUGUAUUUGAUAUAUCACAGUUAUAUAGUGAACAAUGUGUCUUCCGUUAGAUGUGAUCUUGCA